AUGAUUGCACAUUGUCUGCUCCAGGGCAGAAUAUGGCCGCAGCUAGGGUAUCUGACAUCCCUCAAGCAGGACAAGCUUCAAACCACUUCUUGCUCUAUAGUACUUAAAGACGAUUUGUUGAACCGGCAAAUGUAUCAAGACCUCAAAAAUAAUGCAAACGAAAUCGCAAAGCUCAACAACACAUUAAUAUACACCUUGGAUGAAAUUGUUUUUCAUAUUUACAUCAAUGACGAUCGUCUCUGCCCAUCGAAUAGCGAAUUCGUAAAGCUGUUAAUGGAGGAUCUCAAUUAUCUCAUGGCUAGUAGUUACCUGCAACUGGAAUCUGAUUUCCCUCUGGUGUUUUGCUUUUAUUCUCGUUCCAUAAUACAGCAAUCAUAUGAGUUGAUGUACUCUGUUCAAGAGUCACUUCAAAGGCAAACACAAGACCAAUUAUCCGGACGACGGGACUUGGUAAUUGGGUUUUUGAAACAAGUUUCUGCAAAGAAUAUGAAAUGGUUCUGGUCGAAGCACAAGUCCCAUAGAAAUCCAGACUCCAUCAAAGUGUUCUUGAUCGAGUUCUUCAAUCACGAAGCCGCUCUGUGA